UUCACAGGGUAAACAAAGAUGGCUGCGUCUUCAUCAAGCUUUCAAAAGCGCACAAAGACGAAACUCAUUGAGAUUUCUGGAACAAGAGCAUCUCUAUACAAUAAUCAGCUCCUUGUUUCCUCUGGCAUCCCGUCAUUAGAUGCAGUAUUAGGAGGGGGAGUUGCAGUGGGGACCGUCUUGCUGAUAGAAGAAGAUGCCAGUAGCAUGCAUGCCCAGCUGAUGCUGAAGUACUUUGCUGCUGAAGCAAUUGUUACAGGCCAGGCUCUCACUUUUGUCUCUGCAGAUCAAGAUCCACAUAAAAUUAUUAAGGACUUACCAGCCCCAGUUUCAGCUGACCCAACAGAAAAGGGAGAUGCCUGGUCUGACCAACAUUCUGCUGAAGGUGGCACAGAUGAAAAAAUGUCAAUAGCAUGGCGCUACCAGAACCAGCCAAACCAUCUCAGAGACCUAUCUACACAGUUUGGACACUAUUAUGACUUAACCAAAACAAUGGAAGAAAGCAAAGUUAACUCCUCUAAUGUCCAGUGCAUAUCAUUUGCUGAUCUCUUGCUUCAGAAAUUGAAGAAGUUCUACUGCCUUCAGCUUAAACAGUUUUGCAAAUCUCAUAGCUUUACAAAACACACAAAUCCAAGGUAUACUUGUCUCCUUAAAAAAAUUCAGAAGCGCAUUGAGGAAGGUCACUUUGGAACUGGCUUUGUAGGUGAAAAUCGAAAAAUUCUUCGAAUAGCAAUUCAAAGCCUUGGUUCACCUUUUUGGGGAGAAAAUGGUGGCAUUCAUGCACAGAGUAAAGAAAGGGAUGCCUCUUUGUUGCGGCUGCUUUUGGCUCUCAGAGCAACACUCCGGACAGCCUUUGCUAUUGCAUUUAUUACCAUUCCGAGACAUCUUUUUCAGGAUGAUGCAUUUGUGUGGAGACUGGAGCAGUUGUGUGAUACAGUGUUGCGCCUUCAAAGUUUUGGAGCUUCUGAAAAAGAAAAAGGUCAUGUCUUUAAAGAUUAUAGUGGACUUCUACAUGUUAUCAAGUUGCCUUGUUUAAAUGAACUGGUAACUCAUAUGCCAGAAACAUUAGACCUUGCAUUUCGUCUAAGACGCAAAAAAUUCACAAUAGAGAAAUUACAUCUUCCACCAGAACUGUCUGACACAAGUGGCCGUGAACAAGAUGACCCAGUACCACUUCUGCACCCUGUAGUUAGCUGUGGCUCAACAAGACCAACUGCUUUAAGUACUAAGCUGGAUUUCUGAUUGUAUGCUAGCUCUGAAAUCACCUUUCUUGGAAAACAAAUUUGCAGGUAUUAAAGUUGAUUAAAUAGCACUGAUGUUUAGUUCAUUUUUUGAUAAUAAAAUUUCAAUGAUUUAUUUUCAAUAAAAUCUUGUUACAAGAUGAUGUUGAACUAAAGCUAUAGAACUCAGCACAGCUACACUUUCAAACAAACAUUAAGCUGCACUUUUAUAUUUAGAUCCAAUCUGGAUAUUAAACAUAAUAAUAGAAUUUUGCCCAUUUGAGGUGAGCUCGAUGCACUGUGCAUGAAAGACUACAAACAACCUGACAGUCAACCAUACAAAAAAAAACAAAAAACCAAAAAACACCAGUGAAAGGAAACAGAUGACACCAUGGCAAACAUAAAUAAAGUGUAUGGAUGAGAAUGAGGAACUGGAUGUUUGCAUGUUUGUAUUUUCUUAAAGUAGAUUUUGAGGUUGGUCUUGAAAGGUUUGAAUGUAGACAACACUACAUAAAAGGCAAUUUUAGCAGAAGCUCUCCCAGGGUCACAAACGAUAUAAAAUUUGCUUUUGCUAGCUACAACUUACUUCUGGUGCUUAUCUUCUAACAAAACAUGCACUGAAGCCAUAUCAUAUAUACUUAAACAUUUUUAAAAAUGUGUGCAUGCACACGUGCAUAUAUAUAUAUGUGUGUGUUCAAAUGAUGAAUUUAUUUCCUGAACAUUUUAAAGUGAACAUCUGAUAAAAUGCUUGAUUAAUUACAAGUAUAAAACAAACACUGAGACAUCAAAAAACAGGCCAGGGCCUCAGAGAUUUCAGGAAUGAUAUAUAAUGGAAUAUCAAACACAUAACAUUGUUAUCACAGAGAGGUCAGGUAUGGUGUGCUCCAGCUAACAUCCAACUUACCAACUGAAAAUUGAAUAUAAACAAUAAAUAGACUUUGUGAAUGUGUUACUCCAGUUCCUUGCUGCAAAACCAACAACCAAAAGUAGCCCACCAAACUAAGGAUCAACAACAAAUAAA